AUGGCGCCCUCCACUCUCUCUCCCUCCCUCCCUCCAACUCUCCAUUCUGAGCCCCUCUCCCUCCCGAGCACGGCGGUGGUCCUCCCUUCCCAUGGCGCGGCGGCGCUCCUCCCUUCCCUAGGCGCGGCGGCGCCCCUCGGCGCGGUGGCGCCCCUCCCUUCCGCGCUCCUCCCUCUCCUCGAUGGCGACCGGCGGCAGACUAGAAGCGGCGACGACGGUGGCGUGGUGGAGCAGGCGGCCGCGACGACGACGGUGGAGUCCGGCGAGAUCCUGCCUCGGGGCUCGAUGGGUUCUGCUGGCCAGAAAAGGCACACUAGCUCACCAGGGACCCAGUCCCAGUCAAACAUCUUCCUUCAUAAUAAACGUCUUCGUCUUCAGUUUCUUCAGCAAGUCAAUGAGUUGAAGGCUGGGAGUGUCACCAAAGAUUUCAAGGCAAUCAUUGCCAAACGGCGUGAACUUUUUGGCAUCAUAGAAAGGCUACGACAAGUACCUAUCGAACAGCUUUAUUCCAGUCCACUUCCCAAAUCAUCCAAUGCAAGACUAGACAACUUUGGAAAAAUUGGGAGCAGUUAUAGUCCAGAUAAUGUUAUCGACUUGGAUGCAGACGAAGACAAUGUUGAAUAUCACACCCAAGUUAAUGCAGGCAACACUGAGGCUGGUUCAACAGCUUCAGCAGUUGAUUCAGGCGACAAGGACAGGGUUAAAUCCUUUGGUGAUGAGAAUUCAUCUUCUAAUCAAAAUGAUAAUUACAUCCAACAGAACCCGCUGCUUGAGCACCCUGUCGGACAUCAGGAAAUCAUCAGGCCGGACAAUUGCAAUAGCAGUACUGAACCACAGGCUUUAGUUAAGCAAGUGAACGACGGCAUGGAUAAUGACGAUGUUUCUGCUGAGGCCAAAAAGAUUGUUCUAUUUGACAGCCACAGUACUUCUGAGCAGCAGCCAUUGAUGAAGCUAGCACGUGGAAACAUAUACACUAAUACUGAGAAUGGUCUUAAAGAGAAAGGAAAGAUUGGAAGAACCAUAGCGAAACAUGUUGGUUCUUAUGAAGUAUCUUGUGAAAUUCUACAAAAUGAACCACAGAGCAACGAGGGUAAUCACCAUGAUAAUGGUAGCCCGGUUGAUGAGCUGGAUGAUCUGUGGAUGGGCAUGUCAGUUGCACUUGCAUGUUCAGAGCAGACCAAUCAAGUUAGUCUGAGUAUAGUUCCAUUUGAGAGUAACUCUGAGGAAACAGAGGAUGCAUGUAGCCAUGACUUCCUGUUGAAAGAUGAUUUGGGCAUGGUGUGCCGUAUUUGUGGUCUGAUCCAGCAGCGCAUCGAGAAAAUUUUUGAGCAUUCAUGGAAAAAGCGCAAUCAAGCGUACAGAACGUACCCCAAAAAACAAAGAAACUCUAGUGAUCCAGAUGCAACUAUGAAUGCUCUAGGAACUAUUUUAAGUGUUGCACCUGAUACUCUGUCAAUGCACCCUCAACAUUCAGAACAGAUGAAACCUCACCAAGUGGAGGGUUUCAAUUUCUUGAUUAAGAAUCUGGCAGAUGAGGACAACCCAGGAGGGUGUAUUCUAGCACAUGCGCCUGGUUCUGGAAAGACAUUUCUGCUGAUUAGUUUUGUCCACAGCUUUCUGGCCAGGUACCCUGCUGGGAGACCAUUGAUUAUGCUUCCAAAGGGUAUAUUGGGAACAUGGAAAAGUGAAUUUCUCUGUUGGCAAGUUGAGAACAUUCCUUUGUAUGAUUUUUACUCCUCCAAAGCUAGUAGCCGACCUGAGCAGCUGAAAGUUUUGAAAUUGUGGGAAGAAAGCAAAAGCAUAUUGCUGCUUGGCUAUCAACAAUUUGCACACAUAAUUUCUGACAACUCUUCUGAUAGAGAAACCAUAAUGUGCAAAGAGAAGCUGCUGAGGGUCCCAAGCCUUGUAAUUCUAGAUGAAGGCCACACCUCGAGAAAUGACCAAACAGACCUGCUCAAUGCACUUGAAACUAUUCGAACUCCUCGAAAAGUGGUGCUCUCAGGGACCCUGUUUCAGAACCACGGUAUACUGACUAAGGUGGACAUGUCAGGGAUGGCUAUGCGGUCGAAAACCAUAUCAGAAAAGGUUUUCUAUGAAUUGAUUGAGGAGAAUCUUCAGAAGGAUUCCAAAACAAUGAGGGUGAUGAUUAUCCAGAAUCUACACAAGCUAACUGAAAAUAUUCUCCACUACUACCAAGGUGAGAUCUUGAAGGAGCUACCUGGACUUGUGGAUUUCACAGUUUUGCUAAAUAUGAGUAGCAAACAGGAAGAUAUCAUCAAGGGUUUGGCAGGACUGAAAAGAUUUGAAGCACAUGCAAAAUGCAAUGCUGUUUCACAUCAUCCAUGCUUAAAGGAUGUCAAGAUUGUUGACAAGAAAAAUAGAAACAUCAGCAAAAGGAUGAUGGAUUCAAUUGUAUGUGGAAUUGAUAUCAAAGCUGUAGGAGAGAAGGUACUUGUGUUCAGCCAGUAUGUUCGCUCUCUUCAUUUCUUGGAAACCUUGUUCACCAAAAUGAAAGGAUGGAAGCCAGGAGUUAACACUUUCCUGAUGGAUGGCAGUUCAACACAAGAGCAGCGAGAGCAAGCAAUUGAGAGGCAAUCGGACGGGCAUUCAGACCGGGGCAGUCUAGAGUCGUGUACUGUUACCGCCUUGUUGCUUCUGGCUCGUCAGAGGAGGAGGAUCACCACACCGCCUUCAAGAAAGAGAGUGUCGAAGCUGUGGUUCGAGUGGGAUGAGCUCUGCAGCAACGAGGAUUUUGAGCUGGCCAAGGUUGAUGUUUCAGACUGCAAGGACAUGUUUCUUGAAAGCCCUGCACUACAAGCAGACGUCAAAUCCCUAUUUAAGAGGUGA